CGUCAAAAUAGCAGCAAUGCAGCAGCAGGCGAAGUUUGCAGAAUGCUGGUUCGUCGCGGCAUGAACGUCGUUUGCUGCUUCAACAUUUUGUUUCGCUGGACGAUCUGCACCACGGUGGCGUGACGCUUGACUGGUAUAGCAGCUCGGGAAGCUGGGAACUAUGUUCACGGCAGUGUUUGCGGCUGCCUGCUGGCUAAGCGCCUCAGCUGAAAGAGUAGAGAUGUCUACCGAUGUAUCGCCCACUACUUUGGCAUCGCAGCAGCAUGCCAUCACCACUGCAACGUCAGCUGGGAAUAACACGACCCGUAAAAGCAACACGACCAUGUUGUUCAACAUCGCAGGCAUGGAGCAAGCGAACGGAGUUGUUCUGCGCGCUUUCUAUGUGAUCGUGGGCGUGAUGAUGAUCAUCCUUGUGUAUUUCGUCGUUCGAAUUGUGAGGUCAAGGUACAGACGAAGUAAAACACGGAGGUACGGCAUCAUAGCCAGCCACAGUGCUGAGCUGGAAAUGCAGCCACUGGACCGUGAAGAUGAUGAAGAGGAGGAAACAACCCUCUUCGAGGCUAACAAGCGCUGAGCCUUGCAGCAAUGUGUUUUGUGUGCCUCCACUGUUGCAUCUUCCCUUUUGAACAGCUGGCGGGUGACUUUAAGGUGCUCUUCAGGUGCUUGCCUGGUUUACCAUCUAGUCUUCGCACGCCUGUGGUUUCUUUACUACAAGUGUAUCACACUUGUAACACUGCUUUUGUUUUCUCUUAAAGUAUGUACAGGGCAUCCUUUGUGUGGCUUUACUAUUGUUCCUUUUUUUUUUCUUCACUUAGGCUGAAGAGGAGAUGCCCAGGCGAAAAUAACAUUGCUUUGGGUAGACCGUACUUCUGGUUUAUAAAUGUGCAGUCAACUCAGUAGUUACUUUUCAGGCACACUGAACUGUCUUGUAUGACUGACAUUCUUUUAAAGCAGAUGUCACUUUUCCUGCCUUUUCUCAUGACCCUUCCUCAAACAUCUGUGACACCUUUACAUUGGGUGAAGUGCUACGUGGUUGCGCAUCAUGUGUGCUAAGAAAAAAAUAAUCAGCAGCUGCUAAUAUAGGAUACUUAUUACCUUAAGUAUAGUGUUUUUUUGCCAUAGGUGGUCACUUUUUGUCAAUUGAGAAGAAGGUACAUAUCUCGCAAGAAACUUCGCCUUCUGAGGAGCACUCAGUCAUUAGGUUUAAUGGGUCACUAUUAUGUUUGCCACUGCAGCAGAUUUGCAUUGUUGGCCAGCUGCAUUGCACACAUUAGUAUCUCUUGCCAACUGUAUUUAUUAGGGGACAGUGAAGUUUUCAAGUAUGUUUUGUAGGAGAUUAGUUGUUAGCCUGCUGCUCCUUUAAAGUUUGAGCUUCAAAUGUUGUCUCGAAGAAGCGGUACAGUGACUCGUAAAAAUCUCCUGCAUUCCUUAGAAACUACAAUUAUGAAUGUGAACCCUGUUCAUGAAGUUCUUGUAAUUACAUGUUGCUACAGAGCCCAAAUAAGUGAACAAAUGGAACCAUUUAAAACUUCACUGAUUAAUGUUUAUUAUGUGCUGAGUCUUUAGAAUGUACACAAGUGCCACUUCAUAUCAUAUUAUAGACAGUCAUCAGCUCCACUUUGCAUAUUUAGCCCCUAUAUUUGACCAUAGCACCUCACUGAAAAUUUCAUUUGGUCCCAGUUUGGCAGAGCUCUUAAUGGGCCUGGUUUGCUUUGAUAUAAUUUUGUUUCAAAAUCUUGGGCCUUUCACAAUAUCAGAGGCUCCUUAGAACAAAAUCAAAUUUUGCUUUUAACAUAGCAGUAAAUUAUUGCAUUGUGAUAUUUUGUCCCCAUACCAACACAGACAUGCAACAACUCCAUGUUGAUAUGAAAGCCUUUGUGUGUCCGUCAGUGACAUAUAGGUUGCUUUGUCUCACUUAACCAUGGGAAGUGGUGUUACGGUGUAUGCCAGUCACUGCCUUGCCUGAUAUGCAAGGAUGUGAUAUCAGCUUACCAUAAUGUGACCACAUCUAGCUUGUGUGCUGAAGAAAUGUGACAUAGCAACUAUAAUUCAUAUUGCAGUUUAUUCCAUGUUUUUCUAUUGUUAUGCUGAUUUUAACUUGAAGAUGCAACUUUUUUCAGAAGAUCUGUUUUUUUCCAGAUUCUAAAUCAUCUAAGUAUGCAAAGGCAGUCCUUUCAGCCAUAAAUAUUUGUACAAGAAGGCGUUACGCAUUACCUCCAAAAGAAAAACCUGCACAAGUGCUCAUUAUUAGGAGCAUGAGAGGGACAAUGUGUAGGACAGUAGGUAAUUGAAGAGAGUUCGUGUCCUCUUCCAUGUGCUUUGUGCCUUUUCUUUUAGGCCAUAGAUAUCCACGCAACCAGUAUAUCUUGGCUUAUGACACUAGAGUCCAUGAUGUAGGAGACACUUCAAGGCGAUCGAUUCCAGGGAUGAAACAGUGUAGAUCCCUUCAACUUGGCUACUGUGUUUUGGUUAAGUGUGUUUUUGGUACCCACAUUUUUAACAAUUAUUUUGCACCUAGUACCUGCAAGUAGUAAUUCUAGGUAAACAUUAAGAACAUGAGUGACUUGGUUCAAACUGUCUGUACUCUCCGCUGGCGGAGUGGACUUUUGUAUUGUGAGUGGCUGCUGAAUCAAGUUACAAAAGGGGUCUUGCUCCUAAAAAUGUAGUUCCUUUAUUUUUUUUCAUAUUGUUCUGUAGUUCAGGCAUGCACAAUUUUCUUUUAUAUGUACUAUACUAUGUUAGAUGCUGGAAACAGCAGGCACACAAAUGUUUGAGAUGUUUCAGGGUUCGUUUUGAUAGGAGUGCUGUGGAAAUAUCCUUCAUACACAAAAUAAAGGCAUUGUUUUGAUGAGUUAUUUGAUUAA